UAACAGUUUCGGGCAAUUUUCCAAUCGUACGAGUCGACAAUGAGACAAUUUUUGAUUUUGGCUGCCUUGGCUGCCCUUUGCGCCGCAGCCCCCGCUGACAACAGGGAGGUGACUGAAGGAGGCGGUUUCACGCGUCCCAGUCCCAUUAAUCCCGACAUAAUUAGCGAUCCGAAGCCGAAAGAAAAGAUCGUUGUAUUGGAUGACAGCAAACUGAACCGUCAGAAACGGGACGAACAUGCGCCAGCAAAGGCCGAUAGUGGCCAUCAUGCGCUCUCUCACGAUGUGGAGAAGCCAGUUGGCGCACAUACGCAGGAGGCAGUGCAUCACGAUGCCAAGCAGACCCACAAACGUGAGACACCCGUGAAGCCAGCGAGCGGGCAUGAGGGUCAUGAGGCUCAAUCCCACGAUCUUGCGAAGAAGCCAGUUGGCGCUCAUACCCAGGAGGGAGUGCAUCAUGAUGCCAAGCAGACCCACAAACGUGAGACACCCGUGAAGCCAGCUGGCGUUCAGGCUCACGACGCUCACUCCAACGCUCAUGUGGAGAAGCCAGCCGGCGUUAAAGCCCAGGAACAAUUGCAUCAUGAUCCCAAAAAGGUAGCUGCCGCUCCCACCUCAGACCAUCAGCAUCAUCAUCGUCGCCGGCGCGACAUUCCGGUGCCCACCGUCAUAAAAAGCACACCCAAACCGAAGGAGGAGGAGGUGAAGCCCCAUGUGGAGGAUUUAGGUACCACCACCUCGACCGGACACCCGGCGACUCGUGAUCAUCCUGUGCCCGUUGCCGAGCUCUUCAACAAAUCCAAGGCAAAGGACAGCUCUGAGAAAUUCGAUGAGCACAAAGCUUAAGCGAUUAUGUAAGACGUUUCCGCUCACUAAUUGAAAAGUCACGCAAUCGAAAAUGAAAACUAAAGGCGAAGCAAUUCGUUGAAAAAAAAUAUACACAAAAAAAUAAAAACAAACAAUAAUAUUUACAGAAAAAA